GCAGAGUGUUUUGCUUUCCAAGUGCCUUGAAGAUUUGUGAUGGUGGACUUUGUAAUGGAUAAUAGCCUGGCUGCUGGUCAUGCUGAGGAAAGAGAAGCAAAGUGAUGUGCCUUGCUGUUUCCCACUCCUACAUUGCAACGUGGUCUGCUGCUGAAAUGAUGGUAGAUGGUGUGGAUCAGUGGCACAAGAAAUGCAGUUGCAAAAGUGAGGAGGCUGGAUCUCUUUUAAAAGGAAACAUAUUUUGAAUAAAUAUCAGUAUGACUAGAGUCUGAGGAAGGGCUUUUGUGUUCCUACCAAGAGCUUGCUGGAGCAGAGCAGUGCAAGGACAGCAGGGGCGUUUUGAGCUACCAUGGAUAUCCCCACUGAUUUGGUGCCAUCAUCCAUGAUGUCCCAGCCUGAGGUGAUUGAGUCCACAGCCAUGAGUGAACCACAGUGCUACUACAAUGAAACCAUUGCCUUCUUUUAUAACCGAAGUGGAAAACAUCUAGCAACUGAAUGGAACACUGUCAGCAAGCUUGUAAUGGGACUGGGGAUUACCGUCUGCAUCUUCAUAAUGCUGGCCAACCUCUUGGUUAUGGUGGCUAUUUAUGUCAAUCGCCGAUUCCACUUUCCUAUUUAUUACUUAAUGGCCAACUUAGCUGCUGCGGACUUUUUUGCAGGGCUGGCCUACUUUUACUUAAUGUUCAACACAGGACCCAACACUAGAAGGCUGACUGUAAGUACCUGGCUUCUCCGUCAGGGCCUCAUUGAUACCAGUCUGACCGCCUCUGUAGCCAAUUUGUUGGCCAUUGCUAUUGAGCGGCACAUUACAGUUUUCCGAAUGCAGCUACAUACUCGGAUGAGCAACCGUCGAGUGGUCGUUGUAAUUGUUGUUAUCUGGACUAUGGCCAUCGUCAUGGGUGCCAUUCCAAGUGUCGGAUGGAACUGUAUUUGUGAUAUCACUCAUUGCUCCAACAUGGCACCACUCUAUAGUGACUCCUACCUGGUCUUCUGGGCUAUUUUCAACCUGGUCACUUUUGUGGUCAUGGUGGUCCUGUAUGCUCACAUCUUUGGGUACGUUCGCCAAAGGACUAUGAGAAUGUCCAGACACAGUUCUGGGCCCCGCAGGAAUCGGGACACCAUGAUGAGCCUCCUGAAGACUGUGGUCAUUGUGCUUGGUGCUUUCAUAAUCUGCUGGACCCCAGGAUUAGUCUUGCUGCUCCUCGAUGUUUGUUGUCCCCAGUGCAAUGUCCUGGCCUAUGAAAAAUUCUUCCUGCUCCUGGCUGAGUUCAACUCUGCCAUGAACCCCAUCAUCUACUCUUACCGGGACAAGGAAAUGAGUGCGACGUUCAAGCAGAUCCUCUGCUGCCAGCGCAGUGAGAGCACCAACGGUCCCACCGAAGGCUCGGACCGCUCAGCGUCCUCCCUCAACCACACCAUCCUGGCUGGCGUGCACAGCAAUGACCACUCCGUGGUGUGAAGCCACAGCCAGCCCUGGGACCGACAAAGAGCAGCAGGCAGCGCUGUAGGGCGGGGCAGGUGCGCAGCCGCAGGGAAGGUAACCCACUCACGUUUUCUCAAACACUAAUGGACUACAAGUGCAUCUCUUCCAGGGGGCCUGACAUACCAGCACAGACUGCCCCAUCCGUAGGAUUGGCCAUGUUGCAAAGACUUUGAAUUCUACUUUGAAAAAGUAGAACGCAGUUGCUUUGCAGAGGAGGUCAUCAAUAGCCCAUGGAAAGCCUUGCUGAGACUUUGUUGGACUUUGCUGCAUCUUGGUGCCAGUCUGAAUCAACUCUGAUUAAUUAAGCUUAUACCUGCUUCACUGCAUUUACAUGUAGCCACUUAGUAUUUUUAAAAAGGGAGUAAAGGGGAUAAAAAUACGCCUAUCAUUUAAUAGACAUGUAAUAUGUAUCACCAUCAGCAUGCUUGUGAUGAACAUUUUCUGUGCAGGGAGUAAAACUGUGCCCUAGUCUUUGUAUCCUUAGCCACACUGUCAUAACUUCAGUAAAAAGAAAAGUAUUUUUUUCUAACACAGGCAAGAGGAAGAUGAGGGAAACUGACUCUUCUAACCUUCAUUACUGGCGUUAGAGAAUGCAUGUUCUGUGUGUAUGCAGAUUGUUUUAAUUAUGGGGGAAAAUAAUAAAAAAAAGCUCAUUGUAAAGUCUGCCGGAAAGUAGAAAAGCAUAGACUGUAUUCCAGUGUUUGUUUAGAUUAUGAAAUAAACAGUACUUUAGACACAAUGUAUAUAAGGUUCUUCUUUGAAGUGCAGUAUGAAAUUUGUAACAUGUGAGGGGUACCAAGUUUUUUAUGGACAAGUUUUUAAAGUAGGACACAUCCCUAAGGCUCUAAAAGGGCUACAGUGAGGUUAGUAGAUUGCAAAAAUUGUAUUUAUGGCAUGUACUUGGAACACUUUUCUCAUUCAUGGCAAAAAACAUAUGCAUUUUUAAUGGGGAAUAAAAGGCAUGUAUUUAUGGACCCUUUCUUGUAAUUGAGAACAAAACGCCUUCUGCAUUUUUGCACUGAGAAGUAUUUGUAGGGUACCAUUCAAAUGCUGCCACCUUCAUUUCAAAAGCAGUGGGCUACUAAGAACUAAGGUACAAUUUUAUUUUGUAAAGUCAACACUUUACAAGGUUUAAGAGGUCAUCCAUUGCGAAUGACUGGACCAUAUUACAGAUAGUAGCCACACAUGCACGCUGUUAUAAAUACCUAAGCUAACGUGGUUUUUUUCGUAUGAGUCUGUUUUGUAGAGAAAUGUCACUCAUGUGGAUAUCAGUUGCCAAGAAUCACUGAUAGUAAACAGAACUCAUUAACAGGGGCAAAUGUGAGCAAAGGUGGGAUCUUGCUGAUAAAAAACUUGGGACCUCUUUCCAGGAAACGGUGUGUUCUACUUACAAUGUAAAAUAUAUCAAAAGUAAAUUCCUG